GGCAACACAAAUGCUCUAUAACCAAAACCCACUCCUUUUUACUCUCUAAGAUCAAACAACACAUUGUUACAUACUACUAAACUCAGGCUAAGCCAAGAACAGGAAAAUUCUUCCACCUGGCUUCAAAUGGGAUGCUUUCUGGGUUGUUUUGGAUUCAAAAAGAGGAAAUAUACCAAAAGACCCGCCAAUAAAUGCCCAUCUGAAGAACAAAACCCUGGAAGUUAUGUACCUCUUGAUUCUAAUGUCCCAAACGAAGUUGAUACGAAAGAAAUUAUCAAUGUCAGUUCAAAUUCCUAUCAUCUCAAGGAGAAGCCGAAAGAGCCAACAAAAUCGAAAAUAAAAAAGAAAGUCACCUUUAAUCUAAACGUGAAAGCUUACGAACCAAUUCCAAAAGAAGAUGACGCCAUUGAUUACCUCUCGGAGGGUGAAGAGGAGACAAAAUGGGAAUUCAAUGAAGUCCAAUUAAAAAGCUUCGCCAGCUUACAAUAUGGAGAGGAUUAUUCAAAUUCAGUCACGGAAAACUACAGAUACCAAAACUGCACAGACAGCUAUGAUGAUGAAGAGCUCACAUUGGGCGAAAAAGAUUUAUAUUCGGACGAAUUUGAGGAUAGUGAGCACGAGUCGGAUGAUGUUUCUAGCGAAGAAAGUGAUGAUGGAAUCGAAAGCCAAGAAAAUUUCGAUUGGGAGUUAAAUCCUUUAGAUUCGUGCUCUGUGCUUAAUCCAGUUGAAAAUCUCGCACAAUGGAAAAAGGUUAAAGGUAAAGCGAAAAAUGGGCUCAUGAAGUUUCAAAAGGAGAAUUUGAAUCCGAAACAAGAUGAAGAAAAGUUCUUGGGCACGAGGCCUAAUCCCGAUUCAUUGAAUUUCAUCAAGAAAAUGGGAGGUUUGAAUGCUGCUCGAUUUUCAGAACGAACGAUUUCAGUUGAUGCAAGUUUCUCGGGUUGGAACAUGUAAAGUUUGAUGCCAAUCUCAUGUUUAUAUUGUCUCUUUUUUCCUUUUCUCUUGAGUUUGUAUUCUGAGAGGUGGGGUGUUUGUUGUGGCUUGUGUUUUGUCAGAUUCUUGAUUGCAUGUGAAAAAUGAGCAAACUUUUUUUGUUCGUGAAGGGUAGUGAUUUGGGUUUGUUUUGUAAUCUUUGAAAUGUAUCGAAUUUGAAAGUGAAGAACUUGCAUCGAUGUCUCUGUGAA